AUGGACACAGAUUGGACUGGCUAUGUCGUUGGGGAACAAGAAAUGAUGAUGAGAAAAGCAACUUCACCGCAUCACACGAAUCCGAGAUCAGCGACGCUUGAUUUUUGGCGAAAAACUUCGACGAUAAAUGAGUACAGAAAAAUUCAGUACGUGCGAAGAAAACAAACGAACAUUCCAACCAGCUCCAACCACUACAAAGAGGAACAUCUCGUCAUCGCUCAGAAAUUGGCGGCGAUGGAAAAGAGGCGAGUGGGAACGCGCUUUUUGGACCACGAGAUUACAGAAAAAGACAUGGCAAAGCCUCUCCUCGUCAGCAUCAAAGACUCUUGCGCCCUUAUGUGA